AAUUUGACAUGAAAACACAAAUGCAAAGUGAUGAUUCAAGUGAUUCAGAUUGUGAAGAAACUAAAGAUACAUUAGAAAAGGGUGGUUACCAUAAUAUAUCUACAAUUCUUCGAUUUCUUAUACCCAAACUUGUCGCAAACAAAGUUCUCAGUUAUGAAACCCCUACAAUAUACUU